AUCGAACAUCGAACAUCGAACAUCGAACAUCGAACAUCGAACAUCGAACAUCGAGAAAUAAAUAAAAAGAAUUAGUCCAUUGGAGAAGCUAGAUAUAAAUAAAAGAUCGUGUUUCUCCAAUGGCGUCAAUAACAGUAGCUUAUUAUUAUGUUCUUGUAUUGUUUGUUUGCAGCGCCUAUGGGAAACCAGAUUUGGAGAUGAAUCCUUCAGCCUCGAGCUGGCAAACUGUAACUGAAAACGUGGGUGUUUCCGCCAUGCACAUGCAGUUGAUGACAAACAACAGGGUUGUCUGGUAUGACGCCAUUAAUCUUGGUCGCUCCGCACUGAUGCAGAAUCCUAAGUGGUGCAGAAAAGAUGAUAAGGGCCGUGAAGACUGCUGGGCUCAUGGCGUUACCUAUGAUCUCGACACCGCUAAAGUUGUCAAGACACUCAAGUUGAGCCUGAAUACAUGGUGCUCGUCGGGAGGGCUGUCGAGCACCGGAAAAUUGAUAAGCACCGGAGGCUACGACAAAGGUUUUCGAGGAAUUAGAAUCCUGGAACCCUGCGAUUUAUGCGAUUUCAAGGAAGAUGUUGGACUUUCUGCAAACAGAUGGUAUGCUUCUCAACAAGUCUUGGAAAAUGGUGAUUUUAUCGUGGUGGGAGGAAGAAAAUCUCACAACUAUGAAAUUGUCCCGCCAGAUCAGCUUAAAUUCCCGAACAAACAAUUUCCGCUUCGGCUGCUCGAGGAAACCACCGACGGCUUUCUGGAGAAUAAUUUGUAUCCAUUUGUGUACCUCCUCCCCGACGGCAAUGUCUUCCUCUUCGCCAACGAUCGCUCCAUUAUUUUCAACCCUAGAACCGGAAAGACGAUUCGGGAGCUUCCUAAGCUGCCAGGGGGGUCCCGGAACUACCCGGCCUCGGGGCAAUCCGCGCUUCUUCCUCUCAAACUCACCAAAGCGAAUGAUUUUGUGAAGGCGGAGGUUUUGGUUUGCGGCGGCAAUACACACGAAGCCUUCAAGGUCACGGAGCAUCCGCCGAGGCAAUUUCCGCCGGCGUUAAAGGAUUGCGGCAGGAUUGUUGCGAAUCAGGAAGGGGCCAAGUGGGAAAUUGAGGAGAUGCCGUCGGGGAGGGUUAUGGGAGAUAUGUUGAUUCUCCCCGAUGGGAAUGUCCUCAUAAUUAAUGGCGCGAAAACCGGGACCUCUGGUUGGGACGGGGCGGAGGAACCAAAUUUCACUCCGGUGCUUUACAGCCCGGAUAAACCGAAAGGGGAAAGGUUUACUGAGUUGACACCAACAAAAAUUGCCAGAAUGUACCAUUCCACUUCUGCGGUUUUGCCCGACGCUAAGAUCUUAGUAGCAGGAAGUAACACCCACGAUUCCUACGAUAUGAAAGCCAAAUACCCAACCGACAUGCGCGUCGAGAAAUUCUCGCCGCCGUACUUAGCCCCCGCACUGCAAAAGUUCCGGCCGCAGAUCGUGGAGAAGCUUUCCCAAACGGAAUUGGUUUAUGGAAAGAAUUUCAAUAUCCAUUUCAAGCUAGAUGAUGCGGCGGACAUGUCUAGUAUUAAGGUUACCAUGUAUCCGCCGCCUUUCACCACUCACGGGUACUCUGAGGGCCAAAGGAUGUUGAUUUUGGGACUCACCUCUGUGGCCAAGGAGACCAUCUCCGCCGUGGCGCCGUCCUCUGGCAAGCUUGCACCACCAGGCUAUUACUUGAUCUUUGUUGUGCACCGUGGUGUACCCAGCAAGGGAUUGUGGGUGCAUAUUAAAUAGAAGAGAAUAGAAGAUACGGGCUCGCUUGUUCAGUGUUAGACAGUAUUUGGGUGCAAUUAGCUCUACAUGCUGAUUGAGUCACUGAAUUAUCGUGAUUUGUAUCUUUUUAUAGUGCAGACGAACUACGGUGUGAGGGGGGGUCCCUUAGAGUGAGGAAUCCAACCUAUAGAAUAGAAGACGAUGGGCAUUGAAUUUUUUUAGUUUUGUAAUCUUCUACAGAGUACCAUAUAAUAAUAUAUACAGUACAACAUUUUCUAUAAGAACUUAUGAGCUCAGUUCUUAAAUUCUUUACAUAAAUUAAUAAAUUAAAGAAAUUGAAGAGUGG